AGUCUCUGAGUCUGAGACCACGACCAGCAGAGAGUCCUCGGACUCCUCAGAGACCUGACGUAAAUAACUAUUUUGUUAAUAAAAAAAGCAGUGUAAUUAUGUACGUACACGUAUAGAUAUAUGCGUAAAUAAAUAUCUAAAAGGUCGCUUCUGUGUAUUACACUUCAUUGAUCCUCACUACCACAAGAGUGAACACAGGUUGUAUCAAAUAAACAGUAAAAUGUUGGUGGCACGUCUUGGACAAGUGUCUCGCCCUGCCUCUUGGAGGCUGUCGCACAACUUGCGUAUGAUGAGCACGGGUACUACCUCCAGCGGUAUCGCAUACAUGCGCACUCCUGAAUCGGCCUUUAAUGUAGUGAAAGGCUUUGACUACGAACCCAAGUAUAAAGACCUAGAUGGUUUGCGUAUGGCUUACUAUGACGAGGGCAAGGGUGAAUCGGGACAUACCGUUCUCCUCAUGCACGGUGAACCGACCUGGAGUUAUCUGUACAAGGACAUGAUCCCUCCUCUUCUGGAGGCUGGACACCGAGUCGUUGCACCUGACUUGAUUGGGUUUGGACGGUCGGACAAACCCUUAGAGCGAAAGGCCUACACAUACGAAGCACAUGUGAACUGGACGCGGAUGUUCUUAGACCAGAUGAAGCUGAGUAACGUGACUGUUUUCUGCCAAGACUGGGGAGGUUUGAUCACGCUGAGAAUAGCCGGAGAGGAGGCUGACCGUUACGAGAGAAUCGCCUAUUGUGUACGACUCACAGUGGCCUCAAACACGGCGCUGCCGAUUGGUAAGAGUGCUGGUCCUGGAUUCGACGCGUGGCGAGAAGCGUCUCAGAAAAUGCCAGUUAUGAACUGCGGCAAAAUUAUCAAGAAUGCAGCAGUCAACCGCAAACUAGAGGACAGUGAUGUGGAUGCUUUCAAUGCUCCCUAUCCCGAUAUGAACGAGAGCUAUUUGGCGGGUGCUAGAGAAUUUCCAAUGAUUGUGCCCACUACCCCUGAGCACAAAUCGGUGACCGAGAACAUUGCUGCCUGGAAGGGCUUAGCAGCACGCCAGAAGCCGUUGCUGUCGUUGUGGGGAACCGCAGAUCCCGUGCUGGGGCCAGCUGAAUCACUGCUGAAGAAUAAAGUUCCGGGUGCUCAAGGCCAGCCACAUCAGACAUUCCCAAACGGAGGCCAUUUCAUGCAAUUGGAACACGGGCCUGAAUUGGCGAAAGCUAUGAAUGAUUGGCUGAAAUAAUGUGUGGACGUCUUCGAGAUAUGGUGACAAUUCCCUGCCCUGGGACAGUUCAUAUGGCUGAGUAAAGCAAUAGAGAUGCAUACAUUCAAACGAUCGAAUGGAACUCUUUACUUUGCUGGGCUUGUUUCGCGCACGGGCGUUUGUAAACCAGCAUCUACAUGAGGCAUUUGGCACUUGGCAAAUGUGCUACUCGCGUGAUAUAUAUAGAUAUAUAUAUAUACUUACAUAUUUACAUACCUACAUACUUACAUACUUAAAUACAUACGUAC